ACGUGGUUUAAGCGCCGUCGUUUCUGAAUACCGGUCCCAGUCCCACAUUUUCAUACAUUACGUGGCAAGGAUUUAUGUAUCUAAGCCAAACGCACAAGCGAGCAGGGGGAAUCGCAGACGAAAUGGCGACCAUCGUUGCAGGGGUGCCGUGGAUGAGAAUCAAAGUGUUUCCUGAACUCGCCCCUCCCUUUCUUUUUCGUCGCCAUUUUCGUCGAAAUUUCUCCGUGCGCGCAUCACUGGACAGUGAUUUACCGGUCAGAGUGCGUUUCGCUCCUUCGCCAACCGGAAACCUCCACGUCGGCGGUGCCCGAACUGCUCUUUUCAAUUACUUGUUCGCUAGAUCGAAGGGAGGAAAAUUUGUGCUGAGAAUCGAGGAUACAGACUUGGAGAGGUCAACGCGGGAAUCAGAGGAGGCUGUGCUUCGAGAUUUAGCUUGGCUUGGUCUUGACUGGGAUGAAGGCCCUGGUGUGGGUGGGGACUAUGGUCCUUAUCGACAAUCCGAAAGGAAUUCUAUGUACAAGCAAUAUGCUGAGAAACUCUUAGAAUCUGGUCAUGUUUAUCGUUGUUUUUGUUCCAAUGAGGAACUUGAAAAAAUGAAGGAGAUUGCAGAGCUAAAGAAACUUCCUCCUGUAUACACUGGGAAGUGGGCCACUGCAACAGAUGAAGAAGUACAAGAAGAGCUAGCUAAGGGAAUCCCUUAUACAUAUCGAUUUCGUGUUCCAAAGGAAGGGAGCUUGAAAAUUAAUGACCUUAUUCGAGGCGAAGUUAGCUGGAAAUUGGAAACACUUGGAGAUUUUGUUAUAAUGAGGAGCAACGGCCAACCUGUAUACAACUUUUGUGUUACAGUUGAUGAUGCUACCAUGGCUAUUUCACAUGUCAUAAGAGCUGAAGAGCAUUUACCUAAUACUCUAAGGCAAGCCUUAAUAUACAAGGCUCUUGAAUUCCCAAUGCCUUUCUUUGCCCAUGUUUCUUUGAUUCUUGCGCCUGAUAGAAGUAAACUGUCAAAACGCCAUGGUGCAACUUCAGUUGGUCAGUUCAGAGAGAUGGGGUAUCUACCUCAGGCGAUGGUGAAUUACUUGGCACUUUUAGGUUGGGGUGAUGGAACUGAAAAUGAGUUUUUCACAAUUGAGCAACUUGUUGAAAAGUUCUCGAUUGGUCGUGUUAACAAAAGUGGUGCCAUUUUCGACUCUACUAAGUUAAGGUGGAUGAAUGGUCAGCACUUAAGAGCACUUCCGUUUGAAGAGUUGAGCAAGCUUAUUGGUGAGCGCUGGAAGAGUACUGGUCUUCUCACAGAGUCAGAGGGGCCAUUUAUAGAUGAGGCAGUUCAGUUGCUUAAGGAUGGUAUUGACUUGGUAACAGAUUCAGAUACAGCACUCUCAAACUUGCUGUCUUAUCCUUUGCGUGUGACCUUGUCAAGCCCUGAAGGUAAACCUAUUGUAGAGGACAAGAUUCCUGAUGUUUCUGCCAGUCUCUUAGCUGCCUAUGAUAGUGGUGAACUCCUUGGUGCGUUGGAAGAAGGUCAUGCUGGCUGGCAGAAGUGGGUAAAGGGCUUUGGCAAAACUCUGAAGCGCAAGGGGAAAUCACUUUUCAUGCCCCUGAGGUUGUUAUUAACAGGAAAGCUCCAUGGCCCUGAAAUGGGUUCCAGUGUAAUCCUAAUCUAUAAAGCUGGAAACCAUGGUGUUGUUGCUCAUCAGGCUGGGUUUGUGACAUUGAGAGAGAGGUUUGAAACAUUGAGACAAAUUGACUGGGAAGCACUUAACCAGGAUCAGCCUGCUUUGGAGUCUUCGGCUACCAUAUCAAAUUAAAAAUGGAAGUUUUGUUCAAGUUUUUGCAAUUUGAUGAGAUGAUGUAGUUCAAUAUUCUAAAGGUUUGACGCUUAUGAAUAUGAUAAGCAUUUAGGUACUGUUAACUUGAAUAUUUUUGGAAGUCAUUCAUGUGGAAAUAAUUUUACUUCACUGUGAAAUGUUUCUACCUAUGCUGCCAGAAGAGUCGCAUGUCAAUCAUAGGGGGAAUGAUCUGUUAAAAAGCGUCUGUAAUAGAUUUAGCUUUUGAGCUUAACAUUUGAAAAGCAGUGUUGACGGCUUUGAAAUUCAUGAAAUGCGUGUUCCUAAUCAUCAGAGUAAAUUUAAUUCAGCUAUUUAGGCAGUGCUGUUUUACUCAAGCGUACAAUUUUGAACGUUUUACAAAGAAAAUUCGAGAGUGCUAGAAAUUUAUUUAGACUUCCCUUCCCUAUUAUAUUUGCCUUCUACAAGUCAAGAAGAAUGGCAUUUGAGGCUCUUGAGCUUAUUCAAUGCCAAGAAAUAAGAAUUUUAACAACGAAACUUUGGGACAAUAAAACC